CAACUCGCCAGCACCGUUCACUGUUCUUCGAUACGUUGUUCGGACCGCAUUGUCUCUAAUCCUUCGGAGGUACCAGACCGUCAAUACCAGCAACACAAAACCAGCUUCAAAAUGUUCGUCUCGUCCGCUGCUCGUAUUGCCCCAGUCGCCCGCAACCUGGUCCUCAAUGGCACGAAAGCCUACCUUCGGCCGUUGAGCAGCGCUGUCAUCAGCCAGAGCCAGACCCUGGCCGCGCAGAACAGCACCCCGGUCGCGCUGCUGCCCCAGGUCCGGUCAUUCCAGACGUCGCAGGUGACCCGCGAUAUCGACUCGGCCGCGAAGUUCAUCGGUGCUGGCGCUGCCACCGUCGGUGUCGCUGGAUCUGGUGCCGGUAUCGGAACAGUAUUCGGUUCUCUGAUCAUUGGUUACGCAAGAAACCCAUCGCUGAAGCAGCAGCUGUUCUCCUACGCCAUCCUGGGAUUCGCCCUGUCUGAGGCCAUGGGUCUGUUCUGUUUGAUGAUGGCCUUCUUGCUGCUCUUCGCUUUCUAAGCACCUACUUUUUAUUGCUAAAGUAAAGAAAACAAAAAAACAUCAAUAUAAAUCCGUAAACAAAAAAAAAAGAGUAAAAUAAUUCGUAAUUUGUUGAGAAUAAGACAUUUCUUCGAAUCACAACCGAGAGGCAUUCAAAAAACCAGCUGCAACAGCAACAUUAGUUCGAACACGCAAUAAUAAUUAUUGCGGCGCUACUGCGAAUACUACCAAAAGAACGAUUUAAACAAGCCUGCCAUCAACAACAACAAUUGUGUUACAGGAGCUUAGCGACUAGCCAUGAAAAAAUUAUGCUACGCGAAAGAAUCAGAGAGUAGGGCUUAAGGAUCAGCGGUCUUGUUUUUCGAUUUUUGUAACCCCAAAAUGACAACUGCAAGCUGCCAUCGUUCUCGAAGGACCGAAACAAAAGAGUGACCACCAGACAGCGCAGCCGCCGCCGGAUCGCCGGUCCCCUUUCCGCCUUCCGGCGGCGCACUCACUCCAUUCCAUAGUUGUUUCAUGGAUAUUCCUAAACACACCAACACCUCCGAAGUUCAACAACAAAACGAUCAACAUCAGACACUACAAUUGAGAAUUACGAAAGCUGAGAAAAGAAGAAAGUUAGGCGACACAAAAAAAAGAAAGCGAAGAUACCGUAAACCUGUAGAUAUUGAACCGAAUUUAGACUGCCGCAACACGCAGAGAAAACAACAUCAGCGCGGAUCUCUGAACCUGAAGGAAAGUAGAAGCGAGGCAGUCACCGCGGGACUACACACAAACGCGCAACCUCCCCUUUCCCGCCGGCGCUAGGGCUAGCAUUUUUCUCCGUGUUUUUUCCUCUCCGCCACCGGUGCCUAGUUUGGGAGGACUACGCCGGUGGCCAUCUGGCGGACACGCGCGAUCUGUGAUUGCUAGCUGAGCUGGCAGGUAUGAGGGAAGGGCGCGCACCUGUGUGAAGCCACUCCGACAACAACAUCGACAACCUGAGCAGAGAAAAGAACAUCUGGGUGGGAGCGGAAUAAAGAACUUGAGACUAGUUACUGGUACAAAACCGAGAAA